UCUUAGUUUUCUCACUUUAUCAUAUUGACUAUUUAAUUGACUCUGUGUCCUAUUCUCUCCUUUUUUUUUCUUUUUCCUAUGGCAAAAAUAGAGGAGAACACAAAACGUCGUUCCAGCGAAGUGGAUGAACAAAGUGUUGCUCCAAGACCUCCACCAAAGAAACGCUUUUUAUCAAGAGCUUCUUCGCCAGACGAAGAUCCAGAAGAAAGCGAAGACGCUGUUGACACUUUUAAAGAGCCUUUAGAGACGUUCCGUAAAGAUGCCAUUAUGAGACAAUGGAAGGAAUACGCACGAUUACUUGAAAGGUGUAGAAAAAAUAACGAACAAAUGGAAGCGAAUAGACUGAAAACUGAAGACUAUGUACGACUUUGGGAAGAAUCCUUUAGACAGCUUCAAAAUUUUCUUUUACAUACAACUCAAUCUGGCUUAUUGACAUUUGGACACUCUGAUAAUGGAAUGGAUGUCAAUCCCAAAGAACUUGAAGGCUUGUUGAAUCAAGAAUGGACUACUGACUUAGCUCUCCGUAUGAUUGAAUCCCUCAAGAACAAAAAGAUUUACGAUUCAGCAUUGACCAAGUUAAGUAAACUGUUUGAUGCUUGGGUUUCGAGGAGAGAAAACAUUACAAAAGGAUUUAGUUCUGUAUUCAACCAAGGCGCUUUAAAAGAUAUUCGACGAGAACAUGAAUCUAUUCUCAAUGCAUGGGCAAAUAAUCAACGAUCUCUUUUAGACAUGAAAAAUCGCUAUAAAUCAGCUAAUUUAGUGUAUUUGGUCUUGUCUGAAGAGCUCAGAAUACUCAAUAAUCGGUUGGAAUUGACUGAAAUAAGUUAUCGGGAAAUACAGACUGAAUUGCAACAUGCUGAAAAGAAGGUUGACGAAGAUACAAAAAUGGCAGAAGUUACAAAACCUACUGUAUCGACCAUCACACCUUCUACACCUGUACAAGAAAAAACCCCAGUUAUGAAUACUCAAGACGAUCCAUUCAUUCGGUUACAGCAGAUUGUGACUCAAAGAUUACGCGAUAUUGAAUUGAUCAAAGAAGAUCGUGUUGUCUUGAAGCAGCAAAUUGCACGGUUAGAAAUGGAUCUUGUCUCUGUUCCCGAAUCACGCAUUUAUAAGGCUGCUAUGUGUCGAAAUCUAUCUCAGUCACGUGCCUAUUACAAGGAUAAAUGCAAUCGUUUAUCUGAUCUCUGUCAUGACAUACAGCUUCGCUUAGAUGAUUUAUCAGGCAACCGUCGUCAUCUCAUUAAAGAACUCGAUUCUGAGCAAGUAGCACAUUUUAUGGAACUCAAAAAUCAGUUGCGCAAGUUAGACGAUGAUUUGAUGCGCAUUCGAGCUCAACGUGAUGCAUUACAGAUGCAGUUAGAGAUUGGAAAGGCGUCUACUGAAGCAGGCCGUGUAUCUAUAUCCGAACUCAAGAUCAUUGCUGAUACGCGUAAAGAGCGUGUUAAUUAUCUGGAGACAGAAGUUCUUCGUUUGCAGAAAAAGAUGGCUGCCAGAACAGGCGUGAAAGAUUAUUAUGUUUUGUUGUUAAACAGUGAUGGUCGAGAACCUCUAUUACAGCCUCUUCAGAGUCAGUUAAAGCAGUUGGAAGAACAAGUUGAACAAGUCAAAGAAAGAGUGUACCAAUCACACGCUAAGGAAUGGGUGGAUCAGGAAUUAGCUCAGCUGUCUGAAUCUCUACAGUUGGAAAUAGACAUUGGUGCAUUUACAGAGAAAUAUGGAUUCCAUCCUUCUUCUUCCAUGAGUGUAGUGCAAGAAGUUUUGUCGGACAGAAUUGAACAGGAAAGAAAAGCUAUUUCUGAAGCAAAAGAUAAGAUUGUGAAUCUAGAAGCAACUGAAAAGCAACUCUUGAGUGAAAUUGAGAGUGUAUCCAAUGCGUAUGGUGAUUUAGAAGAAGAGACAAUGAAGCGAGUAAAAGAAUUGGCAGCUGCAGAAGAUGAAAUCAUUCGAUUACAAGCAGAAAGAGUGAAAUAUACACAAACAUUUACAUCAUUAAACAAGUCGAAAGAUGCAAACACAAUGGUUGUAAAUGCACUUACAAAACAAGUGGAGAAACAAUUGACGCAUAUUAAACAAAUGACAGAAAGAGAGAAAAGCCUCAAUAGCCAAUUGACUUGUCUGGAUCGUGAAUUAAAUGCAAGCAAUGCUGUAUAUGAUGUUUAUAAGCAAAAGACGGAUGAAGCUAAGCUGGUGCUGGACGAAUUAAAAGAAAGGACCAUUUCUUCAAAGGACAGAAUUACAGAGCUUCAGAAAUCAAUUCUUGAAAAGAUUCGAAUGGUAGAAGAAGGCUCUCAUUCAAGACUACGACUGGAAGAGAAUUGUGAAUUGCUGAAGCGUAAAGUGGAAUCAACGAAUAAAUCAGAUCGACCUGCAGAAGCAAAACUAAAGAAAGAAAGAGAAGAAUAUAGAUCUCUGCUAAACUGUAGUCAAUGUCGAGUGCGGUUAAAAUCACAUAUCAUCCUCAAGUGUAUGCACACAUUUUGUAAAGAAUGCCUAGACGCUAAAAAGAGAUGUCCAAGUUGUGAAGAGCCCUUUAGCAUUCAUGAUGUCAAACAAUUCUACUUUUAAGUACAUAGAUCUCUAAUUAUCAUCCUCACUAUCCGAAAACAAAAGAAAAAAAAAACACUUUUACUUACAUGAUGUACAUAUAUUAUUUGUCUUUUUCUCUCUUUAAUAAUAAUACUACUACUGCUUUUUUAUUCUAGCAUAAUAAUAACAAUAAAAAUCAAGCUAGUAAAUUGAUUUAGAGAUUAA